AUGACGAUAGAUGAUACAGAUAAAAGAGAGGUCAUUGCAGCCUUUAGUCCAACUCUGGCAAUUGGAAAUGACAUAGUUGAUAAGCUAAUGACCUUGAAAGAAAUCUUUAAUAUCAAUACAGAUGACCUAUUUGUAAAUUGGGAAACCUUUAAUGUGUCAAAAGUGCAAGAGGAUUUGGAGUUAAACUCUAUUAAUCUCGACAGAUUCCAAGAAUACCUCCAAUCAAUAUUGGCUAAUAAAACAACCCCUUCAAGCAGGAAGGCAAGAGAAAUUCAACCUAGUGCUAUGAAAAGAAAACUUCUAAUGAAGUCAAGUCCUAAUGUCCCCAGCACCCCGCAUACCAAAAGAAGAAAAGUAGACGAAGAGACUCCCUAUGAAACACCAAGGGUCAUGACAGAAGACUUGUCACCGAGUAAUUAUGAAACAGCUAAUAACACUUUCCAGUCUCCCGAUUCAUUGACACCUAGACAUGACAAAACUGAAAAAAGCAGCCAGAGCGACGUGAUCGAGACCCUAAAUCCAAAUGUUUCAGAAUCGAAAGGCUUCAUGGAUAUCAAUGAUGAUACUGCUAUGUCGAUCAAGCCGUUUAAACUAACAUCAAAUUUUGACGCGUCAAAGUAUAAGUUCCGGACGAUGUCAAUGAAGCUAUUGGAAAGUGCAGAUGUCCUUGACGAUCAAAUUGAGUCAAUCACAAGUCUUUAUCAAAGUAGCAUGGCAAAUAAGUCGGAAAAAGAGUUUGGAAAUCCUUGCUUGAGCUCUCAAUUCAGUAUCUUAUGCUGCGGAAGAAUUGUACCUGAUUCUCCAAUGUAUGACCAGAGCGCAAGUCAAUGCUUAAAUUCUGCGGCUAUAUGCUUAGAGACUUCGAGACUUCAUGGAAUAGGCCAAAGGAUACCACUAGAUAUAACAAAUCUUGAGGAGUAUUCCUUAUUUCCGGGCCAGAUUGUUGUUUUAAAAGGUAAAAAUCCGACUGGAAGGAGCUUCGUAGUGGAGCAAAUAAUGCCAUUACCAGAUCUAGGUGCUUCUUUGACCUCUAGCAGCGAGCUUAAGGUAUAUGAAGAAUGGACAUCGAAGGGCGGUUUAAAGAUUUUAGUUGCUGCAGGGCCCUUCUCCAAUCAUCAUACCUUGAACUACCUGAAAUUAGAAAUGUUAACUGAAAAGAUAAACUCAGAGAUCAAGCCGCACGUAGUAAUACUAAAUGGUCCAUUUAUUGAUAUGACUAACACUUCAGUUCAAAAAGGAGAUUUUGAUUUCGAAGAGUCACGCCAAGCACCUAGGAAUUUGGAUGAAGUGUUCAAAAAACUUAUUACACCCAUAAUUAAAAAAAUUAACUCGAGAAUACAAGUUGUAUUAAUACCAUCUUUAAAAGAUUCAUGCAUCAAGCAUUGCUCAUAUCCCAUGGAUUCAUUUGAUAGAAAGAGAUUUGGUCUACCUAAGAAUGUUAAAGUUUUACCAAAUCCCAAUAACUUUUCUGUAAAUGAAGUUUUGUUCGGUAUAUCUAAUUUGGAUGUUAUGAAGGAUUUGAGAGAAAUUUAUAAAUCUGCUGAUCAUUCUCCAAACUUGCCCACAAAUAGGUUCGAGAGAGUAGCUAACCAUGUUUUCGAACAAAGGCGCUAUUAUCCAGUAUUUCCAGGUUCUAUAAAUCAAGUCAGGAGUCCUCAAAAGGAUGCUUUGGACGGUGAUCUCAUCGAUGGAAUCAUGCAAGAAGAACUAGUCACUACAAGUAUUGGGGGUUCUAGCCUCGAAGUACCAUAUCUUGGACUUGGGGAAUUAGGAAACUCUUUACCAGAUGUUCUAAUUCUUCCCUCAGAGUUGAGAUAUUUUGCAAAAGUUAUACGAGGUGUUGUGGUGAUCAACCCUGGCUCUUUCAUAAAGCCACAUAGAGAUCCAAAUAAAAUGGAUGGAACAUAUGUUAUUAUGAGCAUAAAUGCUCCAGAUUUAUCAUCUAAUUCCUCAGAUAAUGUUGAGGCUGUGAAAGAUACUGAUGGUUUGUUUUUCAAUAAUGUACACCGAAGAACUCGUGUGAGUAUAUACAGGAACUAG